AUGCAUCAGUCACAGAACAUGUCCGUCUUCCUUCGGUUUGCGGGCCAGUCAAAUGAGACAAUCGGCUCGGCUUUUCGUGUCGCCGCCAAGGCCACUCUCUCUCACUCCCUCUUGCCUGCGCCAGUCUGGCUGACAGAAACGUCUGCACACUUCGAGACAAGUAACCUCGGUUACGCAACCGUCUGCAUCUCACCACGAACGCCACUUCUCCACGAGACCCGAUGGACAAAAGCUUGCUCUUUUGCGAGCAAGAAUGAGGAUGCCAGCCAGCAAAUGCCGUGCCGACGCUGCGCAGUGCAGCCAUGGGACCACCAGCGCAAGACGCGAUGUGGCAACGGCGCGAUGGAGUGGGGCGGCUGGAUGUCGCGUUAA